CGGAAUCGGCGGAAUGAAGCCACAACCAAUCACGAAUGUUCCGCAGUUCCGCAUAUCUGCAGUUCCACAUCCCUUGGGAGUGCACCCUGAAAAAAAAAACAGUUUUGCCGGUCUUGCGCGCCGCUCCGAAUUUUCUUUAACGAAAAUGAAGAAGAUUGAAUAGAGGGAAUGAUUAGAGUGAUGAAAGCAGAUUAUCAUUAUGAUGAAUAAUUUGGAGAGACCUGUUAUGGAGACAGAGUCAUUUGACAAAGCAAAGGUAAAGAGACGUUCGGUUUCUUCUUCCAAUGAUUCUGAGAAGAACAGAAAGAGACGAAAUGUUUGCAGUAAGGAUAAGAGAAAGAAGUCAAAACGUAGAAGUAGUUCCAAUAGUUCUAGUUCUUCUGAUAUUUCAAACUCAGGAAGAAAUACAUAUAAAGCAAAGAAGAAUAGAGAUGAAGAUAUAAAAAAUAAAACUAAAAAGUAUGAAACCAGAGAAUUGCAAAGAAAAAGUGGAAAAUAUAGUAAUGAUUAUAGAUUUUACAAUCGGAGGCACACUAACUUUUUGAAUAAUCAAAGAGAUUGCGGCUAUUCACGACCUUAUAGACAUAAUUAUUAUAAUAGAAAUAGAAGAGAUGCAUAUAACAAUUAUCGUUAUAGUAGAUAUAGUAGAUCUUUUGAAAGAACGUUUAAUCAUAACAGAUCCAGAAUACCAAAUUAUAGAAAUACUGGCUACAAUACAAUUAGUCAGCUGUCACGAGAGGGUAGUUCAAAAGAGCAAAUGAAUCGACCAAGAUCUAUUUCUAAGAUAGAAAAAUCUGAUUCAAUAAAAAAUGACACAGAAAUAGUUGAACAUGUAAAACAAAAAGAGAAGAAAAAAGUGGAAAAUAUACAAAAUAUAACUCAGCUAAGUCACAAGAAAUUAAAGAGAAAAAGAUUUUCGUCUACUUCUAGUUCUUCUAGUAUCAGUAGCAGUAGUAGCGACAGUAGCUGUAGCAGUUCCAGCAGCAACAGUAGCAGCAGCAGCAGCAGUAGUAGUAGCGAUACUAACAGCAGUAAUAGUGGCAGCAGUAUUGAUAGCUCAGAGGAUGAAAAGAAGCAGAAAAAAGCUAGAAAGAAAGCUAAGAAAUUUAAGAAAGCUUUAAAAAAACGGAAGAAAAAAAAACGGAUGAAAAAGAAGUUGAAAAAGAAAUUUAAAAAAUCUGCAUCCAAAAAAAAAGGACACAGUAAGAAGAAGUCUAAAGGAAAUAAAGAAGUUCAAGAUAGGAAGGAAAAAAUGAAGGAAAUUGUAUCGAAUGUAAUAGAAAGAGGGAAAGCCAUGGCACCCAUGACAAAAGAGGAGUGGGAAAAAAGGCAGAGCAUUGUGCGCAGAGUAUAUGAUGAAGAAACUGGAAGACAUAGAUUAAUCAAAGGCGAUGGAGAAAUCUUAGAAGAGAUAGUAAGUCGAGAACGUCACAAGGAAAUUAAUAAACAAGCGACUAAAGGAGACGGCAAAUACUUCCAAACACACUUGAAGCUGAACAUUCUGUGAAAUAUAUUUUUGUGCAAAG